AUGAUCCAAGAGGUGAAACAAAGAGUGAGGCUUGAGCAACAAGAGACGACCGAUGAUUUUCAAGUCAGUGAGGACGAACAAGAUUAUGUACUUCCAUCGUUCAGUCAAGAAUUAAUCAGUAGUGAGGAUGAAAUGGAGAAGAAAAAGAGAAAAAAGCCUCAUAGAAAGAAACAAAUGGCCCAGUCAUUGAUGAUAUUCUCUGACAUUCACUUUGUGGUUUCAUCAUCUCUUGUAGAGAACGAUAAAGAGGCUGUGGAUCGAAUUAUCAAAAAAGAGAAUGGUACAAUUAUGCGACAGUUAUCCUCAGAGCUGAUGGAUACUUAUGUGAACAAGAAAAUUAUAUUAAUUAGUGAAAAGUCAUCAACCAAACCUACUUUCUUAAUUGCACUGUUACUUGAUAUUCCUAUUCUAAAGCCACAAUGGAUAUUUGACUGCUCCAAUCAAAAUAGACUCCUACUUGAAGAUCAAGAAAUUAAGAAAUAUCUUGUAGAUAGAGGUUCAUACCGAUUAAGAUCUAAUCCCUCCAUUCAGCAUGUUGAAAAACAAACUUUUAACCAAUCGCUUUUGUGCUGUAAGACUGAAAACAGAAUUUUCUAUGGCUGUAAGGUAAAGAUUAUUGACAACUCUGAGGAUCAGUCUCUCACAACAGGUUGGAGUGGAAUUUUAAAAGUAGGAGGCGCUCAAGUGGAAGAGUAUUUGGAAAAUCAAACAAACGAAGGAUCUAAUUUUAUAUUUGUGAAGGAUGGUAAUGAAGUUCCACAAGAAAUAAUGGAAAUGGCAACGCAAAGAAAGUUGCCCAUUCUUGACAGAGAGAGUAUUUUGAAAAUUGUGAUAACUUUGGAAAGAGAAUUUUCUCCAGAGCAAGUAAUUAAUUUUAAUCAAUUAUCAAGAACAAUCACUCAAACUUCCAACUCAAUCAACAGAAACGAGAUUGUUGAGUCUAUAUCUCUUGUUGACUUGCAAGGCUACGAUGUGUGUGAAGAAUUGAUGAACGGUUUGACACAUUGUGAGGGAUAUUUCUUCCUUAAGGAAGAACAAAAUUGCUACUUGAAAUCAAAAUUUAUUAGACUCAAUAAGAACGGGUCCAAUGAAAUUUAUCAUUUACACGAUAUGAUUUUAGUGAAUUACCUUAAUGAUGAGAUUUUUUGUAGAAUUGACUCUUUGUAUUAUGAUUGCUCAUUUCCAUCCAUGACAGCAACUCAAUAUAUUAAGAUACCCAACACAAAAGAGCUUGUAAUGACAAGGCGAAGUAUUAGAUCACCCCUAUCCAUGAUUCAGUACAAAAUAUGUCUAUGUUCAAAUCCAGCAAGUCGAGAAUGUUGCUUUGUUUCUGACGCUUUUUUCAAUACCAAGACGUGUAAAAUAGAAGAAUUUUCAUACUUUCCAAGUGCUCUAUCCAAAGAAGAAGCUUUGAAUUCAAUAGAAAAUUUAAAGAACUGCUCCUUUAAGUGGAUUGCUCCAGUUAAGGUUUCAUUAUUUAAGGAUUACGUAUCAAUUUGUGGUUUGAAAUGGAGAGGACAAAUAUUUCAAAAGGGUGAUUUUGUUAUUGUGAACAGUUUACAAACAACCAUUACGGGCAGAAUCAAAUCAUUCAGAGAUGAUGACAUUUCUCAUUUUACAUACCCUGCUAAAAAGUAUCUCGUUUCAGAAGGAUCCUUAUUCAUUGAGGUGUUCGUAAAAGGUAAUUCGGAGGGAUUGAGUCAUCAUCAAACUCCUCCAGUGCUCACUCCCACUCACCAGGUCACUUGUGUGAAAAUUACUGACAUUUGUCACAUCCAAGCUGUGAUGGUCAUUGACUCGAAUGUUGCUGAGACAACAACAACUUGUCUUCAUUUUCUCAUUCGUUGCCACUCUUUUUGUUAG